AUGGAAACGGCUCCGUCUUUCGAGUAUGGACAUGCUGUCGGUCCUUUCCGUCGCUCCAUGGACUCACCCAUAUACCAUCCAUACUACUCUCAGAAUCAAUACUCUCUUCCCUAUCAGCCUCCAGCACACGCUCCUUUCAGCUUUGGUUCUUUGAGCCAACAUCAACAGCAGAACCAACAUCAACAUCAAGGUCAACCUCCAAAUUUCCCAUACUAUGUUGCCAGUCAACCGCUCCCAUCACGUCUGCCCACAGAACAGCCACUGCAUUCAUCACUGCCAGACAUCCGCCCAGCAAAGAACGCUAUCAACCGUCCCGGAAAACAGGAUCCGCCAACAGUAGCUCUGCCCGUCUCAGACUCGAAAGAAAAGGGUGGCAAGAUCGGGAAGAAUGUGAAGAACCAAGCUCAAGCUCAAGCACAGGACCAGUCCCCGUCCGAUGUAGACUUUUCUACCGAGGUUGACGUCCUCAUGAAAGCUAUCCAGGCCAAACCAGACUCAUCGCCAGUACCGCAACAGACCAUGAUCCCGUUGCAAGUUCAGCAGCUUGCACCGCAAGGCUACCCAUCUUAUCCCAUGUCUCCACCCCGUAGCCUUCUCACUAACGAAGGCCAACUUUCCCGCUCAGGUAAGAAGCGGAAGUAUACAUGCACACUACCGGACUGCGGUAAGAGUUUCGCGCAGAAGACGCACCUGGAUAUUCAUACGAGAGCACAUACAGGGGACAAGCCGUUUGUAAGUAUGAGGAAGAACAAAAGAAACGAAAUCCGAGCUCGUGGGACCGGAACUGACGGCGCGCAGAUCUGCAAGGAGGCUUCAUGCGGACAACGGUUCUCGCAACUAGGCAACUUGAAGACACAUGAACGUCGUCACACGGGUGAAAAGCCAUACUCAUGUGAUAUCUGCCACAAGCGAUUUGCCCAACGGGGCAAUGUCCGCGCGCACAAGACGACCCAUUUGCAGAACAAGCCUUUUACCUGCUUGCUUGAUGAUUGUGGAAAGAAGUUUACACAGUUGGGGAAUCUCAAGUCUCAUCAAAACAAAUUUCACGCCGCAACCCUUCGCACCCUCACCAUGCGAUUCUCCCAAAUCAGCGAGAAUGGCCCUGUGCACCCGCGAGACCGCGAACUAUGGGAAUAUUUCGCCACCCUGUACAAGAACAGUAACAAGGGUAUCAAGGGCCGUGGCAAAGACCGCAAAAUCGCAACGACGAAACUGUCCGCAAUGGACAUGCAUUCGAGUUCGAGUUCGAGCAGUUCGAUGCUUUCAGUGGAGUCGGAUGAGGAUCCGAGAAUUCGACGAGGUAGUUAUGAGAGUUUGUCUAUGUAUACUGGGGCUUCUAGUAGCGAUGGAGAUGAAGCGGCGCCUUAUUAUAUUGAUCGACGGGCGUGA